UUACUAGUUUACUAUAUAUCGAUAUCUACGUGAACCAGGACAGUUUUUAUAGAUAGCAAUGGCAAGUGACUUCAAUACUUGGAAAAAGAAAGAGUUACAGCAUUUUCUGAAGAAGUGUAACCAACCAACUUUCUGAAAUAAGCCUGAAUUAAUAGAGCGGGCAAAAGGGGCUAAAGAUCUGGGCCUAGACAUAAACAAUAAUGCACCCCGAGAUGAUAUAAAGUCGCCUCUUCUCACGCCAUUAGGUGAACAUUUACCCAGUCCAACAGAAUUAAAAGAGGGUUGGUCAACUAAUUGUGACCAAUUUCCGGACUUUACACACAAAGAACUAUAUAACUUUUUAGUUUUAAGUAGACAUAGAUCUUACGAUGCCAGUGAAAUGGGAGCUAGACGUCAACUGAAGGCAAAGGUUUUUUACCAAGAAGGACACAUUUCUAACAUUAAUUGCCACCAAAUAUCUGAAAAGUGCUCCCACUGUAUCAUCAAGUGCCACUGUCUCCCAUCUAUACCAACAAAGGAUAAGAAAAAGAAGCCAGCAUACCAGACUUGGGUGUAUUUGUCGAAGUUACUGGGAGAGUUCAUAAUGCUGAGUGCAACUGUGUAGCAGGGGCUGGAGAAUCCUGUAGUCACAUAGCAGCUCUUCUAUAUCAUGUAUAUGGCAUAGCAGACAUAACACAACAAAAAUAUUCUGGCAAGAUUGCACCAACCUCAAAGGCUUGUGAAUGGAUAAAGCCACGCAACAGAAACCUGUCUCCAAAAAAAUCUCAAGAAAUGGUAUUCAAUAAAUUUAAGUCUCCCGAUAGAAAAGUUUCCCUUUACAGUGUAAAUGCAUCGUUCUCGAAAGAUCUGUCAACUCCAGCAAUUCUGAGCUUUAAGGAAAGACUUAUGAAUGUAAACCCUGAUGCUGGCUGGUUAAUGAACUUUCCACAAAUAUCAGAUUCAUGUGAGAAUAAUACAAGUGUAUCAACAUUGCCAAAACUUCAUAACAUUAACUUUUCAUACAUGGAUACAGUUGAUAUUACUAGUAUUGAGUGUGUUCAACAUUUUUUAACCUAUUUUGAUAGUUUGAAAAUAACAAAGGAUGAUUGUAGUAAAAUUGAAGUAGCUACAAGAGAGCAACACAAAAACCCUCUAUGGAAACAGGUACGCAGAGGGCGUCUAACGGCGUCAAAGUUUGGGAAUAUUGUCAGGAGAAAGGUUGACACUGAACCUGACAACCUCAUAAAGUAUCUUUUAGAUUACACACCAAGUUUCACAAAUGCAGCAAUCAGCUGGGGCAAAGAUCAUGAGCAAAUAGCUAUUGAUAGCUACCUCAUUCGUGUAAGGGAGAGUCAUCCACCACUCACAGCUACAAAAAAUGGUGUCAUUAUAAAUGAGAAUUUGCCACAUUUGGGUGCUACUCCUGAUGGAUUAGUCUAUUGUCCACAUUGUAAUCCAUAUCAUGGUGUGAUUGAGGUUAAAUGUCCUUAUGCCUUAAGAGACAUGCAUCCGUUGGAAGCGGCAAGGCAGAGCAAUUUUUGUUGUGAACUGGAUAAUUUUGGGCGUUUAAGACUUAAACGUAGUCAUUCUUAUUAUUAUCAAGUUCAGGGACAAUUAGCUAUAACUAAACGUGCAUGGUGUCACUUUGUUGUUUGGACCAAUAAAGGAAUGGAGUUUGAAAGAAUAUGCUAUGACAAAGAACUUUGGGAAAACAUCAUGUUACCUAAGUUAAAUGCAUUUUUUUGUAGUGCCAUUGUACCAGAACUAUUUACAAGCCGUGUAAAACGAAGGCUGAAAUUGUACAAUUAACUCUCCGACUAAUUCCUUAAAUGUGCAACAAUGUUUUCGAACAAAAGAUAAUUUAUUGUUUUAAAAUUUCAUAACGUUACUUAAACACCAGAAUAAGAGACAUGUACAACCUACAUACAUGUACCUGAUUAUAUUUAUAUAUUCUAGCCAAAAAUAAUCAUGGCAGUUGUGAGUACACGCAUUA